AUGGCCUUCCUGCUGGUCUCCUUGCUAGCAUUCCUAAGCAUGACCUCGGGCUGUCACCAUCGGCUGUGUCACUGCUCUAACUGGGUUUUCCUCUGCCAAGAGAGCCAGGUGACAGAAGUCCCCUCCGACCUCCCCAGGAACGCAGUCGAACUGAGAUUUGUCCUCACCAAACUUCGAGUCAUCCCCAAAGGAGCAUUUUCAGGAUUUGGAGACCUGGAGAAAAUCGAGAUCUCACAAAACGAUGUCUUGGAAGCAAUAGAAGCGAAUGUGUUCUCCAACCUUCCUAAAUUGCAUGAAAUCAGAAUUGAAAAGGCCAGCAACCUACUUUACAUUGACUCUGAAGCCUUCCAGAACCUUCCCAAUCUUCGAUAUUUGUUAAUAUCUAACACAGGUAUUAAGCAGUUGCCAGCUGUUCACAAGAUUCAAUCUCUCCAAAAGGUUCUAUUAGAUAUUCAAGAUAACAUAAACCUCCAUACAGUCAAAGGAAAUUCUUUCACAGGACUGAGUCUUGAAAGUAUGAUUCUAUGGCUGAGUAAAAAUGGGAUUCAAGAAAUACACGACUGUGCAUUCAAUGGAACCCAACUAGAUGAGCUGAAUCUAAGUGACAACAAUAAUUUGGAAGAAUUACCUAAUGAUGUUUUCCAGGGAGCCUCUGGACCAGUCAUUUUAGAUAUUUCUAGAACCAGGAUACAUUCCCUGCCUAGUUAUGGCUUAGAAAAUCUUAAGAAGCUACGGGCCAGGUCGACAUACAACUUAAAAAAGCUUCCAAGUAUGGAAAAGUUGGUCUCUCUCAUGGAGGCUAGCCUCACCUAUCCCAGCCACUGCUGUGCCUUUGCAAAUUGGAGGCGGCAAAUCUCUGAACUUCAUCCAAUUUGCAACAAAUCAAUUUUAAAGCAAGAUGUUGAUGAGACUCAGGCAAGUGGUCACAGAGUUUACUGGGCUGAAGAUGAAGAGUCCAGUUACAUCAAAGGAUUUGACACGAUGGAUGGUGACUUUGACUAUGGUUUGUGCAAUGAAAUUGUUGAUGUGACGUGCUCUCCUGAGCCAGAUGCAUUCAACCCAUGCGAAGACAUCAUGGGGUAUGAUAUUCUCAGAGUCCUGAUAUGGUUCAUUAGCAUCCUGGCCAUCACAGGGAACAUUGUAGUAUUAGUGAUAUUGAUUACCAGUCAGUACAAACUCACGGUGCCUCGGUUCCUUAUGUGCAACCUGGCCUUUGCUGAUUUCUGCAUUGGAAUUUACCUGUUGCUCAUAGCAUCUGUGGAUAUCCACACCAAGAGUCAGUAUCACAACUACGCCAUUGACUGGCAAACUGGAGCAGGCUGUGAUGCCGCUGGCUUUUUCACGGUUUUUGCCAGUGAGCUCUCUGUGUACACGCUGACAGCCAUCACUCUGGAAAGGUGGCAUACCAUAACCCAUGCCAUGCAGCUCGACUGCAAGGUGCAGCUCCGCCAUGCUGCCAGCGUCAUGCUGGUUGGGUGGAUCUUUGCUUUUGCAGCUGCUCUCCUUCCCAUCGUCGGCAUCAGCAGCUACAUGAAGGUGAGCAUCUGUCUGCCCAUGGACAUCGACAGCUCCAUGUCACAACUCUACGUCAUGUCCCUCCUUGUGCUCAAUGUCUUGGCCUUUGUUAUCAUCUGUGGCUGCUAUACCCACAUCUACCUCACGGUGAGGAACCCCAAUAUUGUGUCUUCCUCUAGCGACACCAAGAUCGCCAAGCGUAUGGCCAUGCUCAUCUUUACGGACUUCCUCUGCAUGGCGCCCAUCUCCUUCUUUGCCAUCUCUGCUUCCCUCAAGGUGCCCCUCAUCACCGUGUCUAAGUCAAAGAUCCUCUUGGUCCUGUUCUACCCCAUCAACUCUUGUGCCAACCCCUUUCUCUAUGCCAUCUUCACCAAGAAUUUUCGCAGGGAUUUCUUCAUUUUGUUGAGCAAGUUUGGCUGCUAUGAAAUGCAAGCCCACAUUUAUAAGACAGAUACCUCAUCCACUGCACACAACUCCCAUUUAAGGAAUGGCCACUGCUCUUCAGCUCAUAGGGUCACCAAUGGUUCCAGUUACACACUUGUCCCUUUAAACCCUUUAUCCCACAACUAAAAUAUGAUGUACAAAUGUAUCUGAGUCAUGACAAUGCUUGCCUUUGAAAAAUAUU